ACUUAACAAAAUCUUUUAGAAAAAUAUAUUCAGAAAAUGUUAACAAAGAAAAAGAAAGUCUUUUUACAUUCCAAUAUUGCCCAAAAGAACAUGGUUAUAAAAUACUGUAUUAUAUGUAGUCUAUAUGAGGAAUUAUAGGAAAACGCAAAACAGUAGAUAAGUUUAUCAACAUAUGCUAUAUGGCAAUAUUGUACUGGCCCGACAACAUUCUGAAAAUGCAAAAGAUAAUGGAAAAUAAAGAAAUGAGCAAAAAAUGUUGUUCUUUAAAAAUACAACUUAUGAACCCAUAUUGAAAAGGACAAUGAGGAAGAUUGAGAAAAACGACAUCAAAAUGUACUCCAACAGUUUCUUAAAUCUCAAAAACUGUAUGCUACAAUCAGGGAUGAUUCUACUAUAUAUAGAGAACUUUGCAUAUGCACAAAAUUUAACAACUGCUAAGACAGGAGGAUUGCUUCAAGCAUGCUGUGGAGAUGCUAUGUUGAAGGCCAACAUAUUCACCCAUUUCACAACACAUGACAACAAAACAUUACCUCAAUUGGAUUUCUAUGGAGACAUUCUAGAUCAGCCAAACAAACUUCACUAUCUUGUUCCACCUGUUCGUAGCGAUAGCGAGGAUGAUGAUGCUGAUGAUGAUGAAUAUAAAGAAGAGAAUAAAGAACAGAUAAUGGAGGUUAACUAUAACUGCCUAGAUGGUGUCAACAUUAUUCGUCUUGGUGAGAAUAAGACAUUAAAGGGUGGCCGCCCCUGGUACCAAAUCCUUAGUCCUGAUUAUCCCAGGGUCUCAACGGCAAGCUGCAACCUGACCUUUAACUACUUAGGGAAUGAAAAUACAAUGAAGAAAUUGCUGAAGUAUCCAAAUGACCUAAAGUGCCAGUUUGAACCAUACAAACUCCUGAGUGGGAAAGCCACUUAUAAGACUGUGUUACUGACCAUCAAAAUUCCUUAUGAAGAUGAAUACCUAUUUUGGGCAUCUGUGUCAGCCAACGGGAAAAUUGAAGGAAUCAAAUGCAGUCCGGCAAACUUUCCACCGAUGUCAUUCUCUCCAUGCAACCAAAGUGCAACAAAUCCCUCUUCAAGUAAAUCAGAUGAAGAUGAUGAAGAUAUCUCCUUGCCACCUAAAUCAUUCCCUCUAUGCAUGAAAAGACCAACAAU